UUGCAAUGAAAUUUCAAAACAAGGUAUGUAGAAAUCAAAAAAUAAGGUAGAACUCAUAGAAGUGAUGAAUAGCCAGAGUGGCAUAAACGCGGGGCCUUUGCUUCAAUUCUGGAAGCACACGUGUGAGCUAACCGCAUUAGUCGUGUGAACCAAGUAAAUAAAGCUGCACUCUGUAUCCCCCCUUUCUUCUAGAACCCUCCCUGUAUAUAUAUAUCUCGUAUCCCACUCUCCAACGAAACCUACUCGCCUUCCUCCGCCUCUUUCUCUCUCUAAAACCAAUUUUUCUUUUUUCCUUUUCAUUUUCUCUCUCUACUUUUCCACUCGAGCUUAUAUACAUAUAUAAAAUUGAAUAUUGUAGUUAGUACUACUAUAUAUGAUGAAUAACAGCCAGGACGAUGUUUAUAUUUGCCCAAGCUUCAGCAGCUAUUCCUCCGAUAGAUUGGCGGAAACCGCCGUGAGAGUCGCCGGCGGCGAUGAAGAUUUUGAGUUUGCGGAGGAGUUUUUCCACGGCGCCGGCCAGAUCAGGACGGUUUUUCCAGUAUUUAAUCGCAAUCUCCUGCUUGACGGCGGCGGCGGCGGAGAGGCGAGCACGAGCGGCGGAGAAAACGCGCCGGUGGAAUCGAGUGUUGUAGUUCCGUUGAGCAGACUGUUUAUCGAAGAGGACCGGGAGCGCGAUUCUCCUCCGUCGUGCUCCUCCUCCGAAGCGGAUGAGCUGGAGAACAUUCCGGCGGGUACGUACUGCGUGUGGCGGCCGAAAUUGGCCGAAUCGCCGCUUCCCAGCCAGUGCAGGAAGAGCAAAUCCACCGGAUCGGCGUCGAAGAGGUGGAAAUUCCGAGAUUUGCUCCGCCGGAGCAAAAGCGACGGCAAGGACAGUUUCGUCUUUCUACAUCCGAAGCAACAGGAGGACAAAUCGUACAAAUCAACCAACCAAACUUCGGAAAAAGCAAACGCAAAACGAUCCAGCUCACCCGGCGGCGCCGCCGCCGGCGCGCCGGGAUCUCCGUCGGCGCACGAGGCGUUUUACGUACGGAACAGAGCGAUGAAGGAAGGGGAUAAGAAGAAAUCGUAUCUACCGUACAGAAAAGGACUGGUAGGGUUUUUCGCCAAUGUCAACGUUUUACCGCACUUCUAAAACCCCUGCAUCGGAAGCAUUGUACCACCAGCUUGUAUUGUGGUACUCAGCUGGAUUUUGAUUUAUUAUUUAUUUUUCCCUAAAUAACGUAACAAAUUAACAAUGAUUAUUUAUUUAUUACUAAUAUAUAAUUAUAUAUAGUUAUUACUGAAGCUACUUCGAAA